AUGACUAUGAUAAAGUAUAGAAGAUUAAAAAGCAACAUGGUAAGGAAUGCUGCUAGAAUAUUUUUAAAAAAAAAUGUAAAAUUAACCAUAUUUUCAAUACUAAUAAUUGGAUCAUCAGUUCUUUUAUUACUUCAAAUUUUUGAUAACAGAGUAUAUGUUAAUAUAGAUCAAAAACAACAUAAAUAUAAUAUGAAUGAUUUCAAAAAUUAUAGUACGCAAAUUAUUAUUAUCACACCAACAUAUAAAAGAUAUACAAGAAUUGCUGAUAUGACAAGAAUGUCAAACACUUUAAGAUUAAUACCAAAUGUAUAUUGGCUUUUAAUAGAAGAUGGUUUAGAAAAAAGUAAAUUAUUAGAAAAUCUUCUUAAACGAAGUGAAAUACCUUAUACAUAUUUGGUUCAUAAAACAGAAGCAGGAUAUCCCAAAAGAGGAUGGUAUCAAAGAGAUAUGGCAUUAACAUUUUUAAGAAAUAAUCAUAAACAAGUAACUCAUGGUUUUAAUCAUUCUGUUGUUUAUUUUGGUGAUGAUGAUAAUUCAUAUGAUACUAGACUUUUUACUAAUUAUAUUGCUAAUGUUAAAAAAGUUGGAAUAUGGGCAGUUGGUCAUGUUGGUGGUGCAGUUUUUGAAAGUCCUAAAGUUGAAAAAGAUAAUCCUAAAGCCUUAUUUGGUAAAAGUUGCAAACGUGGAGGUGGUGCUCCAGAACCAUGUUUAUUAGAAAGUCUUGGUUUUACAAAAGAUGAUUUAGAACCAUUUGGUUUUGAUAAACCACCUGGUGAAAGUAGAGAAAUUUUAGUUUAUCAUACAAAAACAACAAAACCUAAAAGUUUUCCCCAACAAGAUUUAUACGGAUAUGAUGUUGAAUUAAUUUUUUUUUUUAUAAAACUUAUCUGGAAUUUAGAAGAAAUGUUAUAUGAAAAUAAUGAAACAGAAUUUAAUAGUUUUUAUAAGCCAAAAGGUCUUAUGAAAACUCUUAAUCGAAUUAAUGCACAAAAUUUAGAAAGUGGGGGAUUAAAUAAUUUUUCUGAAGCAUUUCAAAGUUUUAUGACAAGAGUUAAAUUUUUUUCUGUUGGAAGAUUACGAAGAACAUAUUCAUCAUCAGCUCUUGAAUUUAUGAAAUAUAGAACUCUUUUACCAAUGAUUGUUGGAAAUGAAUGUGAUAAUGGAAGUUCAUUUGAUAAUUUUGAUUCUGAUAUAUAUAGUAAGAAAUGUGAUGAUCUAGAUAAUGGUUAUGAAAAAGUUAUUGUAUCAAAUAUACCAUUAAAAGUUAGUACUACACAAUGUAAAGCAUUUUUUUCAAAAUAUGGUAAAAUAAUAAGUUGUGAUUUGUCAUUUGAUGAUAGAUCAAAUACUACGGGAACUUCAUCAAAAAGUGGUUUUAAAGUUACUAGUACAGCUGUUAUUACAUUUGCUUCAAAAGAAGAUGUAGAAAAAUUAUUGAUUGCUGAACCAGAAGAUUUGAAGUUAUAUGGACACAUAAUGAAAGUUGAUAAAGCUGAUUUAUCAUUAAAAAAAUCAGUAUCAAUUAUAAAAUCUCCUAAUACAAAUCAUGGUAUAUUAUCAUUUGAUAAUUCUUUUACAAAUAUUGAUAAUGGUAUAAUAAAUCGUUUUAGUAGAACACCAUCAUCAAAUUCAUUAUCAACUUCAAAUUCAUUAAAUGAAAAAAUUGUUUCAUGGAAUGGUCUACCUAAUAAAGCUAUACAAAAAAUUUUAAGUUAUUUAACACAUAUAGAAUGUUUAAAAUUAGAAAGAGUUAAUAAAAAAUGGUUAGAAGCUGGUAUAAAAGUUUGGACACAAACUACAACUAUAUCAUUUAAAGAUCACAAAAAAAUUGGACGCAUAUUUACAAAAGAAAAACCAUUAACAUUAGAAAUAUUAAAACAAUUUUUACAACGUGGUGGUAUAAAUUUAAAAAAACUUGAUUUAUCAUCAGUACCUAAUACAUUAGAUGAAAGUGCAUUUAUUGUAAUAGGUAAAUAUUGCAAAUUAUUAGAAACAUUAGAUAUAUCUGGAAUUCAUAGUACAAUAAAAAAUAUUAUUUUUUUGGGUGAAUAUCUUAAUAUAAAAUAUUUAUCUUACAGAAAUAUGACAAAUAUUGAUGAAAAAUGUUUUUGGUAUUUAAUUAAAGGAUUUUUUGACACCUUAGUUUCUGUUGAUUUUCGUGGUUGUAAAAUGUUAAGAGGACAAUGUUUUAUUUCAUUAACAAAUUCUUUAGAAAAAUUAUAUCUAGAUGGUUGUUAUGCAUUAGAAGCAAGAGCUAUUGAAGAUGUUUGUAUGCAAGCUCAAGGAUUAAAAGUACUAAAAUUAAAUGGAUGUUUUAAUAUAACAGAUGAAUAUAUUUCAUUAAUAGGUAGAACUUUACUUGACUUAGAAGUUUUUUCAUUACAUGGAGAUGGAUAUAAAUAUUUAUCACCUUCUAGUUUAACAUGUUUAACAUUAUUGAAAAAUUUAGUUGAAUUAUCAUUUGAUUACAAUAGUUUGGUAAAUGAUGACUUUAUUAUAGCUUUAUGUAAAUCUAAUAGAAAUAUUAAAAAAUUAUCUUUUGCAUAUAGUGGUGAUGAAAAUUCAAUUACAUCUGAUGGAUUAUCUACAAUAAGAAAUUUAAAUCAAUUAAUGUAUCUUGACUUAAGUGGUUUAUUAGGAAUUGAUAUUAAUUGUUUAUCUAAUAUUAUUAAUGAAUGUAAAAAAUUAUCUGAAUGUUAUUUAAGAAAUUGUCCCAACUUAAAUGAUUUAGCAUUAGAAUGUUUUAUUAACGCUUCUGAAUGUAUAAGUAAAAUUGAUGUUAGUGCAUGUUUAGGUAUUUCAAAUAAAUCAAUUCAAAAAAUUCUUAAGCAUUUUACAUUAGAGAACAAAAAAUCAAAAAUAAUCGUCUUAGUAGUAGGUUCUACUGCAGUUCAAAUUGAAUUAUUAAGAAUAAGAAAUAGUAGAGUAAUAUUAGAUUUAAAUGAUUCAAGUUCAUUACCAUUGGAUAUUUUUACUAAUCCAUCAAUAAAAGAAUUUGAAGGAAUUGAAAAAAUAAUAAAUAAUGAAAUGGAAAAUAAAAAGAAUGAUAUUGAUGAGAAUGAUGGACAUUGUAAUAUUAUGGAUGUUAAAAAAUCUUAUAUUGUUGGAGCAUUAACUGGUAUAGAUGAAUCACCUGUUUUUAAUAGUCAUGAAGAAAUGGUAGAAUGGGCAAAGAAGGAAGCUGCUAAUUUAAAUAUACAGUUAUAA